AUCUAAUCAUUAUCUAAUUUCAAAAUAAUAGACAUGCACAAUUUGGCAACAUCAACAGAAAUUUGCUUACUGCGCAUGCGUAGAACUCGGGUCUCUCGAUUCCCGAUAGAGAGAUCAAGAAAAAAGUUUUGGCGGGAAGCCGAACAUUUCCAUAUUUCCAUCCAUAUUGUGAUCCAUAUUUAAAAAUCGUCGAUUUAUUUAAGGCUGUGAUACAAAAAUAGAUUAUUUUAUUAGUUAGUCUCCUUAGAUUAACAAUAAAAAGUCUCCUCAGGAUCAAGUGGUUUGAUUCCUCCGUGGUGCAAUACAAGAUACACAGGUUCUCGUGUACAAUGUCUGGAAAUGAUUCUAACUCAUUGUCAGAUAUAAUUAAAGAAGGUCAAUGGGUCAUUACGGUAAAUGAAGGGGGCGAAGUAAAAGUAGCUGCGUGCGAAGAACACCAGUCCUUUAAUGCCACAGGUUUAGAUUGGAAAAUUUUACCCAAAGAUGUUCCGGAAAAUACUCCUGCUCCUGGAUCUGGAAUAUACAAAGAACCAUUUAAAGAAGUGGCCUUUAGUAGGCUGCAAUACAACAUCUCUUUCUUUUUUAUUAGAGACUUGCUUGACAUGAAGAAAGCAAAUGCUUUAAGUGAAAAAUUUAUAUGCAAUGGCGUCCCAUUUUCCCGAGUCAUGUUCUCCGCACGCAUCCAGAUGGUUGCAAAGAAAGGCGACCAUUUUAGACUGGCUUUAGAUGAUGGUACCGCAUGUAUUCUUUGUGUGGUUAUCUUGUCCUCCGAACCACCCAAAACAUUCAAGUAUAAGAAUGUAGUUUUUGGUGAGAAAAACAACCAGGAAGUACCGCAAAACUUUGACCAAACGUCUGUAGGAAAGUAUGUUAGGAUAAUAGGACAUCUUAAUGAAUUCCAGGGUAAAAAGUUUAUUUAUUGUUAUAACAUCAGAUGGGUGACUGAAGAGUUCCAUCAGAAGUUCACAAAGCGUAUUGCAGACUCGUACGUCUACAAAAAGAAUUUUGCUACGUAUUAAACUUGAAUUAUUAGUGCAUAGGGAUAAGUUUUUUUAUUUAAUAAUGUAAGAUAUAUUUGAUACUAAACAAAAAAUUAAUUCAAAACAAAUCAGUUUAAUUAUUUUGGUGGAUUGUCUAAUUUUAUAUUCAUAAAGCUAAUGUUUUUUAAGAAUUACCUGAAUUAUAAACUUUAUGAAAUAUAGACUUUAUAAAUAUACUCGUAAAUAUUGUAUAA